GGGAGACGGCCGUAGGAACAGGAGAGAGACAGCAGCUCCGUGCCCCCCACCUCUCUCUCCCCCGGUCCAAGCCAGGAGCUCCGCCUCUGUUGUCCGCUCUGAGGCGCGGAGUCCCGGUCUGCGGCUGCAACAGAGCUCCGGUGCGCGUCCUCUCCUCCGCGUCCUCUCCUCCUCCGGCAAGCGCGAUUCAGCACGGCGCGGACACACACGAGGACUAUGCGGAGCCGCGCGCCCGAUGCGGAGUAGAGCAGCCCUGGAACAACUGCGCUCAUCCUCACACACCAGCCAUUAUGCAUCGCAGGCACACCACACUGAGGGAAAAAGGGCGUCGACAGGCCAUCCGAGGCCCGGCUUACAUGUUUAAUGAGCGUGGCACCAGUCUCACUACGGAGGAGGAGCGUUUCCUUGAUGCUGCUGAAUACGGAAACAUCCCUGUCGUCCGCAAGAUGCUCGAAGACUGCAAAACGCUCAACUUUAAUUGUGUGGACUACAUGGGCCAAAACGCAUUGCAGCUAGCUGUAGCCAAUGAGCACUUGGAAGUCACAGAGCUGCUCCUGAAGAAGAAGGGGCUUGCGAGAGUGGGGGACGCUCUGUUGUUGGCGAUCAGCAAAGGCUAUGUGCGAAUUGUUGAAGCUAUCUUGGCGCAUCCAGCAUUUGCAGGAGGCCUGAGACUAACAUUAAGUCCCCUGGAACAGGAACUUAGAGAUGAUGACUUUUAUGCGUAUGAUGAGGAUGGAACACGUUUUUCACAGGACAUAACUCCGGUGAUUUUGGCCUCGCACUGUCAAGAGUAUGAGAUCGUGCACAUCCUGUUGAUGAAGGGUGCCAGGAUAGAGCGGCCUCAUGACUACUUCUGCAAGUGCAACGAGUGCACAGAGAAACAGAAGCGCGACUCUUUUAGCCACUCACGAUCACGUAUGAAUGCAUAUAAAGGGCUUGCUAGCGCUGCCUACCUGGCACUUUCAAGUGAAGACCCUGUACUUACAGCUCUGGAGCUCAGUAAUGAACUGGCACGACUCGCUAACAUCGAGACAGAGUUUAAGAAUGAUUACCGUAAGCUGUCCAUGCAGUGUAAGGACUUUGUGGUGGGAGUGCUGGACCUGUGCCGGGAUACAGAGGAGGUUGAGGCCAUUCUGAACGGUGAUGUGGAUCAGAAGCCACCCUCGGAUCCCCAGCGGCCCUGCCUCAGCCGUAUCAAACUCUCCAUCAAAUAUGAAGUUAAGAAGUUUGUUGCCCAUCCUAACUGUCAGCAGCAGCUGUUAACUAUCUGGUAUGAGAAUCUGGCUGACCUGAGGCAACAGUCUAUAGGAGUGAAGUGUCUCACUGUGCUUGGAGUAACAGUAGGACUUCCUUUCCUCGCCAUUGCAUACUGGAUCAUGCCCUGCAGCAAGCUGGGUCAGAUUCUUCGCAGUCCCUUUAUGAAGUUUGUGGCUCAUGCUGUCUCCUUCACCAUCUUCUUGGGCCUUCUGGUGCUGAACGCUUCAGACCGUUUUGAGGGAGUAAAGAAUCUCCCCAAUGAGACCAUCACAGAUCACCCACGUCAGGUGUUCAGGGUCAAAACCACUCAGUUCUCCUGGACAGAACUCCUCAUCAUGAAAUGGGUGCUGGGUAUGAUCUGGUCAGAGUGUAAAGAAAUUUGGACUGAUGGUCCACGUGAGUAUGUCAUGCACCUCUGGAAUGUUCUGGACUUCGGCAUGUUGUCCAUCUUUGUCGCGUCCUUCACAGCUCGCUUCAUGGCUUUCCUGAAGGCAUCUAAAGCACAACUUUACAUAGAUCUCCAUGUGCCCAAUCAUGACAUCAGCAACGCUUCACUUCCUGCCGACAUCGCCUACUUCACAUAUGCCAGGAAUAAGUGGAGACCAUCAGACCCUCAGAUCAUCUCAGAGGGUUUGUAUGCGAUCGCAGUGGUUCUGAGUUUCUCACGCAUCGCGUACAUCCUUCCAGCCAACGAGAGUUUCGGGCCGCUGCAGAUCUCUCUGGGACGCACAGUUAAAGACAUCUUCAAAUUCAUGGUUAUCUUCAUCAUGGUCUUUGUUGCCUUCAUGAUCGGCAUGUUCAACCUGUACUCAUACUACUUAGGAGCCAAGUACAACCCUGCCUUUACAACGGUGGAGGAGAGCUUUAAGACGUUGUUCUGGUCCAUUUUUGGCUUGUCGGAGGUGAUCUCAGUGGUUCUGAAGUACGACCAUAAGUUCAUUGAGAACAUCGGCUAUGUGCUGUACGGCGUGUAUAACGUGACCAUGGUGGUGGUCCUGCUCAACAUGCUCAUAGCCAUGAUAAACAACUCCUACCAGGAAAUAGAGGAGGAUGCUGAUGUUGAGUGGAAGUUUGCUCGUGCUAAGCUGUGGUUGUCAUAUUUUGAUGAAGGCCGCACGCUACCCGCUCCCUUUAACCUGGUGCCCAGUCCAAAGUCCUUCUACUAUCUGGCCUUGCGCAUCAAAGCAUGUCUCGUACACCUCUGUAAGGCCAAAGGUCAUCGGCAUGACAAUGAACUAGAGAUGGGCAUGCUCAACUCAAGACCAAAGCUGGAUCGAUAUCGAGCUCACUCAAGAAUCAGAGAGGAGAACACAGUGAAGAAACCCAUCAAAAACCCAACACGCUACCAGAAGAUUAUGAAGCGCCUUAUAAAGAGGUAUGUUCUAAAGGCGCAGGUCGACAGGGAGAACGAUGAAGUUAAUGAAGGUGAGCUGAAGGAGAUAAAGCAGGAUAUCUCCAGCCUGCGCUACGAGCUGCUAGAAGAGAAAUCUCAGGCCACUGGAGAACUGGCCGACCUCAUUCAACAACUCGGCGACAAAUUCGGCAAGAACGACAAAAAACAGCCCUGAGGGAGGGAGCGAGGGAGGGAGCGAGGGAGGGGAGAGGAAGAGAGAAAGAGAGAGAGAGAGAGAGAGAGAGAGAGUAUAAGGGAGAAGGGGAAGAGAGUACAAUUCAAGCCAUUCUUGACUGACACAAUCCUGAAAUGCUUUGUAAUUGGCUCAAGCAAGAUCUUUUGCUUCAUUUCUUAAGAAAAAGAUGAGUAAUCACCAAUGAAUGACAGCUGCACUUGAGGAAAUCAUGAUAUGAAGAGAAAUGUGUAAUUCAGGUCCUAAAAACAGCCAUUGUCUCUACUUUGUACUCUGCUUUUUAAAGAAAUGGAAAAAUUACAGUCACUGGCAGGGUUUUUUUUUAUUAAUUAUUUUUUUUCCAGGAUGAUUGAUGGUGAAGCCUGCAUCUUGUAUCUGAAUGCUGAGUAAUCACACAAUGGUAAACACAGCCUGUUCAUCUCAUCCCUUUAUUUAGGUUUCACUCAUGAUUUUCAUUAAUAAUUAACGGUUUUCCUGAAUUGUGGUUGAAUGGAUUUAUACCUCAGCGCUGUUGAAUUCUCGAUUCGGAUUGGUCAGGAGGUGUUCAUUCGUUUUCUGUAACAGCAUCUCUGACAGGACUGAAGGCUAUAAUUCAAGUCACAGGUUUAUAUUAAUGUGCUUACUCCAAUAUAUUAGUGUUUCUAUAGUAACAGCACUACAUGGAGACCACCCCACAUACAUAACCUAAUAGUAAACAGUUGAACAUUUAUGGAAGGAGUCUCCAGUGUCAGGGUUUUGUAACAGUCAGAAGGUUUUCCGCCAUGAGAACAUCUUCAGGACUUUGCGCUUUCUGUUUUAUUUGGUAGCACGACGAGCUGCGUUUUUGUUGUUGUUGACUUAAAGAACAAACAUUAAAACGUAACUAAAACGGUUAAAAUGUUAAUGUUCACUGCAACAAAAAAAAAGACAUCUUAACGAGUGAUAAUAUCUUGAAUAAAGUCAAAUUGAUCUAGUAUCUCCUGUAAUAAGAUUGCAAUAAACAAAAUAUAUGAUUAUUAACCUA